AUGAAGAAGGAUACUGGUGAAAGGUUAAAUUUUCCAUCAGCAAAGGCCAAUAGUGCAGUGAGAAUGCAAGACAAACGGAAACUUGAGGUCGACUUUUAUUUGCCUCCAUUCAAAAAAUACAGGAAACUUAAUGCUUGUGAGGAGAAGAAUGAUAAUUCACAUGAAAUGUGUGACAAGUUGGGUGAUCAUGAAAAUCACCAGGAUUUUGUAGCUUCUGCAAGUAGUGGCCCAUAUGCUUUUGGCCUAGAAUUUUUAGAAAGCAAGAUGUCAACAAAGAACCUGAAAAUGAAAGCAGAUGUGACAUAUUUGUAUGAACCGGAUAAAUAUGAUUGUUUACUCACUAGAUCUCGAGAGUUGAUUGGUGAACCUAUUGGUUUGAGCAAGGCAAUAACUUUACAGAAAGUGAAUGCUGAAUCUGGCUCAUUAGGUGGUGGGUUAAUUUAUGAUUCACUCCUUUCGGAAAGGACGGCCUUUGAUGCUGUGACAUCUAGUGUAAAACCAGCAAAGAAGCAGCGAUCCGCUUUGUCCAUAGCAACCUUGAUAAAGGAUUCUCAUUUUCCAUUCACACCUCCUGCAGCAGAUUGGAAAGUUCUCACAGUAUAUGAAAAAUCUAGCAAAAGUUGGUCCUGGAUUGGUCCAGUUCCAUUUAAUCUGCCACAUGCUGGUCGUACUGAAGAAGUGUUAACUUCUGAAGCUUGGGGUCUUCCACGCAAAACUCUUCUGAAGCUGGUAGAUUGCUUUGCUAACUGGCUAAAAGAAGGCCAAGAGAUGCUCCGACAAAUUGGAACUCUUCCUCCGCCACCUGUGAUGUUGAUGCAACCCACCAAUGCAAUAGAAAGAUUCAAGGACAUGAGAAUUCUGAAAAGUCACACCACUAUCAGCCCAAGCUGUGAAGAAGUAAGGGCUUAUUUCCGUACAGAGGAAGCAUUGAGGUAUUUAAUUCCUGACAGGGCCUUUUCUUAUACUGCCCUCGAUGGUAGGAAAUCUAUAGUUGCUCCUCUGACGAGGUGUGGAGGAAAGCCUUCAGUAAAAGCCCGAGAGCAUUUCAUGCUUAAACACAACCGGCCACCUAAUUUUACCGUCCUUUGUCUUGUGAGAGAUGCAGCUGCUAGAUUGCCUGGAAGUAUUGGUACCAGAGCAGAUAUUUGUACUCUUACAAGAGACUCCCAGUACAUUACAGAAGAGAUUUCCAAUUUACAAGUUAACCAAGUCGUAAGUGGGGCUUUAGAUCGCUUACACUAUGAAUUUGAUCCUUGUGUACGAUUUGACAAAGAGAGGCACUUAUGGGUUUACUUGCAUGGAGAAAGGGAAGAAGAAGAUUUUGAGCGCAAUUGUUCCUCUUCUUCAAAGAUUAGGAAACGAGUAAGGGAAAUGCAUUGGGGUGAUUCUGCUUGA